ACAGUUCGGGUUCUGCGGAGUUGCUCAGUUUCCCGGAGAACUGGGGUGGGGGUGCUGGUAUUCUUUGAGCCCCGACCAGCCCCGCGCGGGCCAUUAAAGCAGCCGCAGUCCGCUCACAGUCGGUGUUGGAGACACACCGCAGUCAGGGGCUCCCCUGAUCGCCAGCCAGCCGUCAGGAAGGGAUCUGCAGCCGGAGGGAGUUGCAGCUGAGCUGCAGACGCCAGUGUGGCCAAUACCGGCCUCCGCCGGGGCUCUGCCUCUCGUUCCCCUGUGCCCAGUUGACCCGUAGCCGCCCCGGAUCGGAGAGGGCGCCGGGGCCAAGACGGAUGGCGUCUCUCACCGUCUCAGCACUCGUGUGGCCAAUGCUGAAGGGUGAGGGGGGAGCCCUGCGGAAGGUGGGCUCCGAGGGUUGCCUGCUCGACUGCCAGACCUCGCCAUGGCCCCGGCAGCUGCUGCGGUGGCGCAAGCACCCAUCGGCCGGGUCUGCAGUGGCGGGGGCCGCCGAGGCAGGGACUGGGUCCGGGGCCGGGACGGCGACCCGAGUGGGUCCGGAGCGGCCGGUGGUGAUUCCUGAGGUGCGCAUCCAGCGGGACUACAGCCUCAGCGUGGACACCUUGCACCAGCUGGCGGCAGCCAGCCCGGAGGAGUCAGACGUCGAGCGGAGCUGCGAGAGCCUGGGCCCGCCCUGCCGCCUGGGCGUAGCCGAGCCCAGCAUGCGGCGGACUUACAGCGACGGCAACCUGUCCCGGGCCGGCGGCGAGAGCCGGCCGUUCGCCUCCGGACACCAGCUUGGCAGCAAGCAGAAGGCGGAGAGCGGCUGGAGUCUCCCUUCCCCGAAGACACUGCGCAAGGAGCGAGCGUUGGGCCGAGUGGCCGCGGCCAAGGAACACCUGCGCUCCCUCUUCACCGGAUCUCGUAAGCACCUGGCCUCCAGCUUGGAGUCGGAUCUCGGACUCGACACCUCCGAGAGCGACAGCCGGAGCCGAUGGAAGAAUCCCUUGACGAGUCGGCUGGGCUUCUGGCAAAGGAGGAAUGACUCGGCAGGGCUGAGUGAGUUAGACUCCCUGAGGCCAACUGUGGAGGAGGCUCGGCAGUGGGCCAAGUCCCUGGACACACUGCUAUCAAAUAGAUACGGGCUUGUCGCUUUCAAGGGCUUCCUGCACACCGAAUUCAGCGAGGAGAACCUCGAUUUCUGGCAGGCCUGCGAGGACUACAGGAACACCAAGUCCUCGGGCAAACUUGCCUCCAAGGCCAGGAAGAUCUUCACCGAGUUCAUCACCACCCACGCUCCCCGAGAGGUCAACCUGGACUCCUCCACGCGGGACGCCACCUCCAUCAGCGUCCUGAGCCCCAGCCGCUCGACCUUCGACCUGGCCCAGAAGCGGAUCUUCAGCUUGAUGGAGGCCGACUCCUACCCUCGCUUCCUGCGCUCUGAGCUGUACCAGAGGCUGGCCAAUCCCAGGCAGCUCAACGGCCUGGCGUAGGCAGAGUCAGCGGGGGGUCGGGGGAGUGGGGUCAUGGCCGGCCGGGACUGGAGACCCCAGCUCCCGCCCUCAGCUUGAGCUUCGUUUAUUUAUUGAGCACGUACAUCGAAACGUACAGUAAAAUGCACCGUUUGCAUUAACAACUGAAACAGCUAAGGAUGUGCAGGGGGCAGCCCACAAGUGUCGCCGUACAGUCUGGUGCCAAUGUAGCAUGUCCCACAACGUUCUGCAGACCAACACAGGCAACAACAACAGCAGCAGCAAUGGCAGCAAAACAAGCCCCUUCCUUCCCUCUCACCCACUCACACACACACACACACACACACACACACACAACCCUCCAACCCCAGGGCGGGCCGCUCCGGGCCUCCCCCCAGUCCCUUGACUCUCAAAGCCCCAGACAAGAGGCCCGCCGUCUCUGGUCUUCGAACUUUGGACCGAGCUCGGUGCUCACUGAACCUCAGGACUUGCCGGUUGUGGGACUUUGAUCUCCGAAGUCACGUGGACCUCUGACUCCAGGACUCACCCACCUUGGGGAUCACUGUCUUCAUUCUCAAUUCCUGCCAGUGUUGCUGACAAUCUGACCUAGACCUUCAUCAAUGGCUCCUUCCCCCGACUCUUCCUUUACUACCCCCCCGACCUCUAAUUCGCCCCCCCAUCCCUGUCCCUAAACCCUAACCUGACCCCAAACUCCCCACUAGGUUUCCAAAACCUUCCCUAUGAAGCUAAAAAUCAGUGUUUGAGGCACAACAUUGACGGACUACUUCCAGAUCCUGUAUGGAACAUACCCCGAUCCCACUACUCACCCACCAUGAUCACCCUCCGAUUUGCUGGAGCAUCUUCAUCCCCUCACAUGACAAUCUAGGAUCUGGGAUUUCUGAUGCUGGAAGGGAGAGCAGAGGGAACACAAUGCCUCACUGGGCUGAAGUGUGGCUUGCUUAUUGCAAGGUGGGUGGUUUAGUGGACAGGGAGGGAGAUGGCGGGCGUUUGCUUCCCUCUCCGGUUCUCUGUAAACCGAGGUGACAAAUGAGGCCAAUGUGGAAUCCCAGAAGGGGUGGGAGUAGGCAGGCAGUUUGGUGGUCUGUCCUUAGACCACGCAUGUUGUUGAGUUCCCUAUGCCUGGACUGGAGAUUCUCUGAACUGCAAAAACUACUGGUUGAUUGCCACAGACAUGAUGGACUGAAGGGCCUGUUUUUCUUCUAUAUGACUGUCAUCACCAUCCUGAGAUGUUCCUCCUCGAAGCCUGCAACCAAGAAUUCCGGGGGUCUCUCUGUGAACGCUCCUAUCUUUCAAGAGUGCUUCCCAAGGCUUUCCCCCUCUCUCUCUUGUUCCUUGCCCAGACACCAUCUUCUUAAGGCAGACCUGGGAGAAUAUUCUGGAGAGUGUAAGUAUUAACAAGAUGGAGGUGUUUUAUGUCUCAGAAAGAAUAAAAAGAGGAUAAAUUCUCAAUGUCUGGUAGAGAUCCAACCCCGAAGAGACACCCCAGAUCCAUUCCUGGGAGGGCAUUGAACACAGAACACGACAGCACAGUAUGGCAAUUAGGGAUUGGUCGGUAUGACAUUGCGGGCAUCACUGGGUCAUAUUUGGGAGCUUAACAUCGAAGGAUAUACCUUGUAUCGAAGGGACAGGCAGGAAGGCUUGGGCUGUGGUGUGGUUCUUGUAAGAGAUGGAAUUACAUCUUUAGAAAGAGGUGACACAGGGUCAGAGACUGUUGAAUCUUUCUGGGUGGAGUUAAGAAAUUGCAAGUCUAAAAAACCAUCAUGGGAAUCAAAUAUAGAGCUCCAAAUAGUAGCCAAGAUGUGGGAGGUUGCAAAGGGAGCCGGAAAGGGGAUGUAAUAAAGGUAAUGAAACAGUUGUAAUGGGGGAAUUCAAUAUGCAAGGGGAAUGGGAAAAUCAGGUUGGAGUCGGAUCACAAGAAGGAAUUUGCUGAAUGCCUCCAAGAUGGCUUUUUAGAGCAGCUUGUGCUUGAGCCUACACGAAGAAAGGAUUUCUUAGUUUGGCUGUUGUGUAGUAACCCAGGGAGCUUAAUGUAAACGAGCCCUUAGGAGGCAAUGAUCGUAAUUUGAUUGAAUUCAUGCUGCAAUUUGAGAGGGAAAAGCAUAACUCACAUGCAUCUGUAUCACAUUGGAAUAAAGGGAAUUACAGAGGCAUGAGAGAGGAGCUUGCCCAGGUGGAUUGGAGGAGGAUACUGGCUGGGUUUAACAACAGAGCAGAGAUGGCUGAAAUUUUUGGGAAUAGUUCACAAGGCACAGGAUAGAUAUGUCCCACAGAGGAAGAAAUUCUCAAAUGGCAGGGGUAGGCAACUGUGACUGACAAAGGAAGUUAAGGACUACAUAAAAGCCAAAGGGAGUUGGAAGUUGGAUAAUUGGGGAGCUUUUAAAAUCCAACAAAAGACAACUUAAGAAAUGGUAAGAAGGGAAAAUAAUAAAUAUGAGGACUUACUAGCUAAUAAUAUAAAGCAGGAUUACCAAAAGUUUUCUUUUAAUUUAUACAAUGAGUAAAAGGAAGGUGAGAGUUGAUAUUGGACCACUGGAAAAUAAUGCUGGUGAGUUAGUAAUGGGGGAUGAAGAAAUGGCAGAUGAACGUAAUGGGCAUUUUGCAUCUGCCUUCACUGUGGAAGACACUAGCAGUGUGCCAGAGGUCUGAGUGUCAGGGAGCAGGAGUGAGUACCAUUACCUUUACAAAGGUAAAAGUGCUGGGCAAACUCAAAGGUCUUAAGGUGAAUAAGUCACCUGAACCAGGUAGACUACAUCCCAGAGUCCUGAGAGAGGUUGCUGAAGAGAUAACGGAUGCGUUGGUCAUGAACUUUCAAGAAUCACUUGAUUCUAGCAUGGUCCUGGAGGACAAGAAGAUUGCAAAUGUCGCUCCACCCUUUAAGGAGGGAGGAAGGCAAAAUCAAGGAAAUUAUAGGUCAAUUGGCCUAAUCUCAGUGAGUUGGGAAAGUGUUGGAGUCUAUUACUAAGGAUAAGGUUUCAGGGUACUUUGAGGCUAAUGAUAAAAUAAGUCAAAGUCAGAGUGGUUUCUGUGAAGAGAAAUAUUGCCUCACAAAUCUGUUAGAUCUUGUCGAAGAAGUAACAAGCAGAGUGGACAAAGGAGAGGCAGGGGAUGUCAUUUAUUUGGAUUUUCAAAAGGCAUUUUAUAAGGUGCCACACAUGACGCUGCUUAACAAGAUAAAAUUCUAUGGCAUUACAGGAAAGAUACUGGCAUGGAUAGAAGAAUAUCUGACAGGCAGGAGGCACGAGUGAGAAUAAAAAGGGCCUUUUCUGAUUGGCUGCUGGUGACUAGUGAUGUUCCUCAGGUAUUGGGACUGCUGCUUUUCACAUUGUUUAUCAAUGAUCAUAUGUUGGAAUUUAAAC